AUGAAUGUUCAAGAAUUGUUAACGGAAGAGUUGGAAUGCCAGUGGAUUACUACAAAGGAAUCUAUCCUUGAAGAACAACUCAAGGGCCUACUGGAAGAAAAACAUGUGCACAGCAAACGACUUCAUCAGAGUAAAGAAUCCCAAGCUAAGAUGAAAGAAGACUUCCCAUCCAGUAUUUCAACUUUCAUUCAUGACUUUGGAUUAACAACCAGAGGCAAGGAACACAGAUUGGCUUCAGUCAGAGAACAGAUAAAAGAGAUGAAAGUUCGGCAAACGGAGCUCCAACAAGACAUUGACACAUAUGAUAGACAGAGAAGGAUGCUGAGGUGCAUAGAGGAUGAGAAGGAAACAACAGAGCAUAUCAUAGCCACACUUGAAAUUGAGAUACAUGGUGUUGAGGAGAGUAUGGUGUCUGAAAAGAACAAAACAAAAAAGCUAGAGAAUGAGAAGGCCUUGGUAUCCGGCAAACCACAUUCUGAUCCAGAAUUUAAAAGGUUGCAGAGCCAGCUUGAGGCCUGCCAUGAGGAGUCUUUGGAAGGGUUGUGCCAAACAUUGCGGCAACGGGUGGAUCAGCUGCAGAGACAACAGUGGCAGCAGCAGCUGAGGAAACAACAUUCUUCAGCUUCUGUCAAGACACUGUCAAAAUUCAAAUGGACUACCCAGCCUAGAGUCCCACCAGUGACAUCCCCAUCAUGGAAGACCACCCCAAGUCAAUCCUCAACACUUCGAUGUGCUCCAAGGAAGAUUCCUAUGGUUACUGCUCCAGAUAUGGACACCAAUAGAUCAGCAUCCAACUCCAGCAAACCAAACCUAGCCAAGCUUACAACUGCCCUGAAAUGCAAAGAGAAGCAGAGCUAGAAACUGUAGCAGUUAUUUGUAGUCUUAAUUGCCUGCAAAAUUCCCCAAAUUGAUGCUUUGGGGCGACUAUCUAUUCUAAAGUCACCCAAACAUCUGCCAUAGACAGUAUUAUAGAAAAUUUGGAAAAUCAUUUUUCUACACACAGCAGAAUACGAAAUGCUUUUACAGCAUAAAUACUUGUUGCACAAAAAGCUUUGAAAUCAAAGAAAUAGCCCCCAAAAUACAGCAAAUGCCCCAAUAGCCCCUAUAAAAAAAAUUCCUACCAUGAUGACUAUACUUGCUUAUAAUAAUAUUUAUAGGGCCCUUUACACGGGUGUUUCAAAGCACACAGGUGGGCUGACUAAUGUAAACAAUGGAUCCAUUUAAUAAAAUUAAUGAAGUUAAUGUUAAAGGAGAAUGAAACUCAUGGAGCAACUUAGCUUUUGUGAAAGCAGAAAAAUCAAAGAAUAAGAUCAACAAAAGUUUGAGUAAAAUAAGACUAGCAAUAGAAGAGUUAUGAGCAUUUGAAUGUCGAGAUCACUAAUGCUAUGGAGAUCCUCCCAUUGGCAAUGCGACCAAGAUCUAUGAAGUCACAGAUGAACAACUCUCCCCUUUUGGACACUGAAAAUAUACCCCAAAACAUCUCUUUUUGCUCAUUCUAAUCAUGACAAACGAUUCAUCAAUGAUAUAAUGUUGUGAAACCUCUGUACUUGUCCUCUCAUAAAGAGAACACCUCACCUUGUGAUAGACUCUAUAAAAGUGAGAAUAUAAGUGAAAUAAGUACUAAAGUAAUGAGGGAGUUGUACGUGUGUGACAUCACAGAUCUUGGUCGCAUUGCCAAAGGGAGGAUCUACAUGGCAUUAGUGAUCUCAAUAUUCAAAUGCUCAUAACUUUCUUAUUAUUCAUUCAAUCUUCCUCAAACUUUCAACAAUAUGUUUCUUUGAUUUUUCUCUUUGAUAUGGAUUCAGCUGGUUUCAAGGGUUUCAUUCUCCUUUAAAGAGGAAAUUCACCCUGACAAAAUGUUGAUUGUAAAAAUAGCAGAAAAAAAUUGUUUUUAAAAUUGUCGAAGGCUUGAUAAAAAUCCAUUUCAGAAUAUAAAAAAAGUUAUUAGAAUUUUAAGUAUUGAAUUUUAAUUAUUUAAAAAUAAUUAGUCUAGUGUUUGCAGAGAAGCUGUAACAUUUUUUUGUAAGAUUAAGAUUCUGCCAGGUUCCAUUCACCUCACCUGGGUUUGGGGCAGCACAAUAUGGAAACAUUUCUUGCUGAAAGAAAGUAUUGCCUGGAGUGGGAUUUGAACUUUUAAUACUCUGAUUGAGAAAUAGGAGGCAGAGCAGUGACAGCUUUUGUUAUAACAUUUCACUGUCAAAUAUGAAUUUCACCAUUGAUUUGACUACAUUCAACUUCCCAAUAUAUCAUCUAAUGUAAUACUCAAUAAUACUACUCAGUUAUGUUUAAAACAUUUAUUAGUGUUUAUUAAGUCUUUGGUGAGUUGGCUUCAUGCGUCAAUGCAGUUUGGCUUAUCUGAAACAACCACCAUAACAUCAAAUAAUAGUACUGAAAAAUGUUAUCAAAAUGUGCAAUAAAAAUGAAAAUAUACAUACAGUGUUCCAUAGUACAUGUUAAAGGGGAAUCCAACCCAAAUAAAAACUUAAAUUUUAUAAGGAAAAGAAAAAUCAGACAAGUUGAUAGGUGAAAGUUUGAACAAUAUUAGACAAACAACAAGAAAGUUAUGAAUUUUUAAAAGUUGUAAAUAUUGGUAAUCACUAUACCCAUGGAGACUUCAAAUUGGCCGCAUAUGGGAUGUCAUAGUGAUGUAAGGCAAGGACUACUCUUCCAUGUACUCCAAUACAUAUUAUGGCUAAAAUGUCAUUUUUCCCAAAAGUUUUAUUUCAAAUUAUAUCUUUCUUUCAUGAGGACAUAAAACAAUAUACUACCUGGGUUAUAUUUAGAUUACUGCCCCAGGGGAAUGGGUACUUAGGAGAAAACCACAAAUCCCUGAUAAUAAAGUACAUGGCCUAUGGGAAAGUUGUCCUUGCCCCUUGUCAUAAUUUACUUACCCAGUUGCCAAUUUGAAAUCUACAUAGUAUUAGUGAUCUCAAUUUUAAAGCAGCUAUAACUUUCUUAUUGCUUGUUCAAUUUCUUUCAAACUUUCACCAUUCUGUUUAAUUUAUUUUUCUCCUUCCCAACACAACAUUUUAUGGCCAAGGCUGGAUUCCCCUUUAAAAGCACUUUUCAUAAAAUUAAACAUGACAUGUAAGGAAUUUUCGGUAAGCUUUGCAUAUUUUCAGCAAGUUAAGUUUGUGAUACAAUAUCAUAUUGCAUUGAAUUAAAGGUCACGGUUGAUUAAAUUGUGGGAAUGAAUUAAUAAACGCAAGACUAAACUGAUAACCUUAUGCACCAUAAUAUGAUUAAGGUGAAUUCCCACCUGGUCUAAUUCCUAGUUUGGAUAUUUCCCACAUACUUAAACUAAUUUGGUCUAUCUAUUAUUGGUAGGUCUAAUGAGAGUUUGGUGUAAAUUUCACUCAAGCCAUUACCAUUUUCCCAGUCAAGUGGUGUCAAUAUUCUAUUAUGCCGACUUCUUUCCAUUACAAAAGGAAUUUAGAAAGGAAUUCACUUGAUAGAACUACUUAUAGCUUAGCCUUGAAAGCAUAUUACAGACCAUAUUGCCAUAAAUGAACUAAGGAGGGAAUAUAGAGGAUUUGUAGCUGAACCAUAGAUCAGGAUAGUUGAACGACUGGUUCAAAUUGGUUAGUAUAUGUCCAAUGCAGCUAUGCCAGGAAGGUAUAACAUAUUCCCCAUGUUUCAAACAACUGUUAAUGCCUUUAAAAAAAGGUUUGCCGGAAUGGAGGGAGAAAAGGUAGAUCGGGGGAGCGUUUCAUGAAAGGACUUGUCGGACGUUUUAUCCGACAAGUCCCAUUUUAUCCGACAGUUACCAUAGUAACAGUACCUCUCAGCCAAUCAACAUCAGAGAAAUUUGUCGGAUGAAAAUGUUUUAGUUUUUUUCCCCUUCCCAGCAUGUCAUGAAUGGUGACAAUUAGCCAGUAAAAAAACAAAACGAAGUAGGCAAAACAAUGACAAGGCAUAAGCCAUUUUGUGUCUCGCCCGGAUGAAAAUAAUCAGAAAUAUCGUGAUUUGAGAGGGCAUGCAACAGAAUUGUAUCAAAAGUUCAUUGUGAAAUUACUGGAAUAACACUUGUCAUAAGAGUCUUGUACGUAAACUUUAAUGUUGACCUCAAAAUGAACUUUGACCAUACCAUGUGACAUUCCAACACAAUAAAUUGCAGGUCCCCCAAGUACAUCUACCAUCCAAGUUUGGUUGAAAAGUGAUUUACAGUUGCAGAGUAAUGUGUCAUAAGAGAGUCUUGCACGAAAACUUGAACGUUGACCUGAAAAUGGCCUUUGACCUUUACAUGUGACCUCCGACUGGAGCAUAACAUGCAGGUCCCCCAAGUCCAUCUACCAUCCAAGUUUGGUUGAAAAGUGACUUAUGGUUGCGGAGUUAGGUGUCAAAAGAGUGUCUUGCAUGUAAACUUUAACGUUGACCUGAAAAUGACCUUUGACCUUACCAUGUGACCUUCCACUGCAGCCUAACAUGCAGGUUCCCCAAGUCCAUCUACCAUCCAAGUUUGGUUGAAAAGUGACUUACGGUUGCGGAGUUAGGUGUCACAAGAGAGUCUUGCAUGUAAACUUUAACGUUGACCUGAAAAUGACCUUUGACCUUACCAUGUGACCUCCAAAUCCAGCAUAAUAGGCAGGUUUCCCAAAUCUAUCUACCAUCCAAGUUUGGUUGAAAAGCGACUUAGAGUUGCGGAGUUAUGUGUCAUAAGGUUUAAUUGUGACCGACGGACGGCCGGUCGACAUUUGGAUCCCUAUGCCUUCACCUCUGGUGGGUGAGACAAAAAUCAAGGCGGUCUGCACAUUUUAGGGUAAAAUAUGAAUAAAAGCAUUAAAAGUCGGCAGGUUUGACAAGGGUCGGUUGGGUUACGUCAAACAAUCGCUUUGGUUUUCUGUUUUCCCUAAACUGGCAACACUCGUAGAUGAGCACAUGGCCUAAUCACUGUACCUCUAUAUGGCUCACAGAGUCGAGGCAUUGUUUACAUUAAUUAAAUGACACCUCCACAUGUUAAUUUUCUUAUUCAUCCUUCUCUGUACGUCAUGAUCAUUUACAUCCAUGGAAGAAAAAUUAUAUAAAUUUUCAUCAAUUAUUUUGCUGAAAUUAGGAACAUAAUUUCAAUCAUAAUAUAUGUAUACCACUUGUCAGACCAUGUACUAGUAUCCUGUACUUUCUUUUGUCUGAAAUUGUAAUACUUGUAUGUUGAAGUGCGAAUGAUAUAAACACUAGCGCCCAAUCUUGCAAAGAGUAGUGAUUGAUCUGAUUUGAACACAACUAUGGAAAGCCAUGCAGUGAGCGAUCCCAACAACUAAAAUUAAUAUGUCAAUUUAUAGUGUUUUCUAUACAUGGUGUAUACCCAUGCAUGCAUCAAUGCAAGUAACAAAUUUGUGUGCAUCCUGUGGACAGGAUCAUGACAUUUAUGGCUUUUCAUAGUUGAGAUAGAACGGGGGUCUGUUUCAUUAAAGUUGUUAUAAUAACAAAUUUGCAAAAGCAGUUUAAAGCUACUGAAAUCCUUCAAUCUGAUUGGCUGAUUGGUAGUAAAUUUGUACAUUUGUUAUUAUAACAAGUCUUUAUUAAGAAUACAAACAUAUAUAAUGAAAUCAAUUCUGUCCAAAUUGAUUGGGUAAUGAGUCGAAGGUCUACUUAUCAGUUAUCUUCUAUUGUUUGAGGCAUUAAUAAAGAAAAGUAACAUGUUCUAGAUUUCAGAAACAGAAGAAAUUUUAAAAACUCACUAGAUUGACACAUUCAAAUAUAAACCAUGAAAUGUAAUUAAAUCAUAUAGCAAAUUCUAACCACUUUAGUUAUACUCUACAAAUAUUAUGAAUAUAGAGAAGAAAUAAUAUAAAAUUCAAUAAGAGAGCAUGCUAACUAAACAUUUUUACCUCGUAGUAUUACUUAUGAUAAACAAUCCUCUAUUCAAACUUCUCGUGAAAUAAAAUAUUUCUUUCAGUUUUGAAAGAUAAGGUAAGGUAGUUGAAUGAACAACAAACUUCAGAUGAAAAAAAAAGUAUAAAAUAUUCAUAAAACCUUCAUAAAACUAGUGAUUGUUAUCUGUUAAAAUAUAGCAUAAACAUACCUUAUUUUGUCAUUACAUCUCCAUAUACAACCUUGAAACUUCUUACUAAUAAGCUAAGCAGUUUAGAGACUGAGGGCUGACAUUUCAUGGUGAAAUUGCACGUGAGCAACUCUCACCAUGAACACUUCACAAUUUUUUAUUAUAUUUCAAUUCUCGUGCGUCUUUGAGCUCGAAUUUGCAAUACCAGGGGGCCGUUUCAGAAAGCUGUUCGUAAGUUAGAGUGAAGUUUAAGAACGACUGGUGAUCCUUUCUUGCGGUAAAUGAUAUUCAUCAUUGAAUGUUCAUUGGUGAUUAUUUUACCACAUAAGAAAUGUUCACCAAUUGUUCUUUAAGUCACUCUUAACUUUAAAUACGAACAGCUUUAUGAAACACCCAUCUGGUAACACUGUUCUGAAUUUACACACAAUAUUGAACCUGUACAGAAUAAAGAUUGCUGAAAAACGUGAUUUCAACCUAGAAUUCACAAAUGCAUGAUUACUUUUCCCUAGUACUGAUCAAAAUCAACUUAUAAGAGGGUGUCAGAAAUCGAAUUUCAUGCAUGAAAUACAGUAACUUUCUGAACGCGUUCACUGUUGGAGAUUACGUCAUCAUGGGUGCCAAUUUUUGUGUACCGGUCACCAGCUAAGAUCUUGACCCCAACCCUCUGACUUUUAGGCAUCGAAGCAAAGCUGCCAACCUGAACAAGAACAUUUCAGUAUUUUGGUGAGAAAAUCAUUAUUUCCAAAGAAAUACCAUAGGACAACACAAAGCUAAAACUUCAAAAAUCUGUAUUUUGCAGGAAACCAUCAGUAUUCUUCUCAUUUUGCAAUACGAAAUACUGAAAAUCAGUACUGCUUGACAGCUCUGUCAAAAUAGCCUUGUCGGUUGAGGUUUCCAGAGGGCGUAAGACUCAAAUGAACAAAAUAAAACGUCACAGCGACGGCUUCUCGCAGGACAGACUUAUCACACAAAAUGUUACCAGAUGGGGGAGGGGGUGGCUGAAUGAACAGAACCCUUCCCUGAAAUCUCAGAGAAAAUCUGCAUAUUUUCAAACAGCCAUAUUCCACUUCUACAAAUACUGUAAUGGGGAUUACAUUUUUAAGCAUAACAUAUUAAUAUUUUUGAAAGAUGUAACUUGUGAUUACCUGUUUGCCUCACAUAACCCAACAUUAUAAAUGCACAAGUACCAUAUCAAAAGUCUAUAAAAAAUUAAAAAAUCAAAUCUGGCAUGAUUUGUAAGUGCUACAUAAUACCCUGACAU